GGAAAAUGGGUGCUUGGUGUAAAUCGGGGGUGUAAUGCUACCAUUUAUCACGCUAUCUCGUAAAACCGACACUGAAGUCCUGGCCAACAAAUCACCAGACAAAAUUAUGAGUUCGUCGUAUUAUGUGAAUGCUCUUUUUCCCAAAUAUACGGCGGGGACAUCCGUUUUCCAGAACGCGAGUGGCUUUACAGAAGCAACUUCUUGCGCUUUUGCUACCAACUCACAAAGAUCCAGCUAUGGAGCGAGCGCCAGCGCCUUCCCAGCCCCGAUGGCCGGCCUGUACAAUGUUAACAGUGCAAUCUAUCACGGCCCUUCCAUGUACAACACAGGUUAUAACCUAAAUUCCGAUUCCUACAACCUGCGCUGCUCUGCCUUAGACCAGAACAUUCCAGUUCUUUGCAGCGAUCUGAGCAAACAGGGUUGCGAAAAAUUGGAUCAAACAAACGUGCACCCUCAAGCAGAGAGCAAUUUCCGGAUUUACCCCUGGAUGAGGAAUGCAGGCCCUGACAGAAAAAGAGGGCGGCAGACCUAUACCCGUUACCAGACUCUGGAACUGGAGAAAGAAUUUCACUUUAACCGCUAUCUGACUCGCAGGCGACGGAUUGAAAUCGCCCACGCUCUGUGUCUGACUGAGAGGCAGAUCAAAAUCUGGUUCCAGAACAGGAGGAUGAAAUGGAAAAAAGAAACGAAAGCUGGGAGCUCUAGCACCACGACCGAGGAAAAGCAGGAAUGAAAUUCUCAGCUAAAUCCUGAACUAUGCGAAGAAAGUUGCUCAGCAGCCGCUAAACCAUGACAUUUGACUAGCUAACCACAAUCGUGGACUAUUUCAGAAAUGUGUGCUAGCACUCAUGAUACUACCUAUGUGUUUUAAUAACUUCUUUCAAAAUCAUAUCUUUAAAAUUCGAGGUUCACUGAUUUUGGUUUCAGUUAUUUCUUUUUAAAAGAUCAAGUCUUUAUUGGCAUUGGUAGAGAGCUAGGAAUUGACUUCAGAAUCCGUGUUUUCAUCAACAAAGGGAAAGUGGAGGGUUUAGAACAUUUGUCCGCAAAUGCUACAGGGAAGCAGUCAAAUUUGAAAUGUUUGUUUUCUCAAGUUUAAUUGAGAAUCUCUGUCCUCAGUAUUGCAAGGAACGCGAAAGAAAUUCGAAAUCCUUCUUCGCUGUUAUUAAAAUAAAAUGAAUUAGAUUUGGAUUCUGAACCUCCCGCAGUGCAAUCAACGGGAUAACGUUAGCCGAUAAAACGCAAUGUUUUAGUUUUAACCUAGAUAAUGCAAAAUUCAAAUACCACUACGUGUUUUAAAAUAUAUCUCAUGCACUGAACUACUUCUCAAACUUAUUUUUUACUUCUGAUAUUUCUUCUUCACAUGUAUUGAAGUAUUCCUGCUCACUGUUCAGAAAACAAAAAUACCGUGAUAAUAGACGGUUGAUUCCAGUCCAAUCAAAGACCAAGUACUUGAGUCACUUUAACAGACAUAGCAAGAAUUGACAGAAAACUAACCAGUCGAAUAAAAUAAUUUAUUUGUAUUAAAUUCUUCGUUUUUAUUGUUUUUAUUACAUUACUUCUCCACUGCUCUCUGAGUGUGUCGCUUUACACCGAGAUGUACCGUUCUGUUAACAAAAUGAAGAAGAUUUUUCAAAUCACAUAGCAAUGAAAUGUAACUACCUAAACCACAAUAGUGGACAUCUUGCACGUCUUUUGAAACUACCUAAAUGUUCGAAUUGAAUAUUCGUUUCUUGAUAGAGAGUGUUCUUGGAGUCUAGACUUUGCGCACUUCUCUAAACAGUACCCAUUAUAUGAGAACAAAAAUGUGAAUAAUAUUCUGAUGUACUUUUUUUUAAGGAGGUGCUUAUAUAGCCACUUUAUAACACAUCAUAGUGAUAACUACCUAGAUACCAGUUUACAUUUGACGCGAAUGGAGUUGUUUCGUACCGUGCUUAAAUACUAUAAUGUAAAAAAAGCAAAACAAGUUAUAUAUAAAGGGGGAAAAUUGCAAUAUUUCUCUCUGAUUGAUGGCAUUAAAAUGUAUACCUGCUAAAGAUUUCAAGCAGCCAUGUAUUAUUGAAUGAUGUAAUUGUCUUUCUUUAAGUCUGUUGUGUCAGUUGUCUUAUACAUGUGUACUGUCUAAAUUAUAAAAUUAAAGAAAAACAGUAACCAAAUGUAAUAAUAGAAAUUCUGAAAAGCAUCGUCAACUAGAUAUAUUGUGGUUCCAUAUUCGGUAUGGUAUCUGUCAAUGGAAAGUUUGCUUUGUAAUAUGUGUAUGUGUUGUUAAAUAAUAACCGAUGUUAAAGGUUUAAGGUGCAAUCUAUUUAAAAUGCAUAUAUUCGUUCCAGCCGUGUAUACUUUAAAUGGAGUCUCUGUAGACAAACAAAAACGAGAAAUAUUAAA